AUGGCAAUUCUCAGCCAGCCAGGCGAGACUGGUACAUCCAAUCUGUUUAAAAUCUAUGCCAACAUUUUCAUUGCCUUCAUCGGAGCUGGUGUUCUUGGUCUUCCGUAUGCAUUUAAAGAGGCUGGGAUACUUGAAGGCAUCUGUGUUAUGAUGCUUGUUGCUAUUUUAAGCGUCAAGUCAAUGCUGCUUCUAGUUGAGUGUAAAUAUCGCAUCAUUCAUAACUGGGAGAUGGGGGACAUCAUGUCUUCAAAGUCUGAAGGGUUAUUCUCAAAUAUAGCAAACAACCCUUCGGAAAGAGUGGAUCUUCUACGAAGCGAAGAGCUUCUCAUCACCGGGGUGAAAGAACCUAAACGUACAUUAUACACAUUCAUGGCAAGUAUCUAUGUAUCAUAUGGAGAUGUAGGCUAUGAAGCUGUUGGCUCGGCAGGCAGACUCUUGGUGGAUUUUUCUAUCGUGCUCUCACAGAUUGGGUUCUGUUGUGCGUACUUGAUAUUCAUCUGCAGAAAUAUGUCAGAUAUUGUACCUCACAUAGAAAUGGGUCACUGGCUGUUGAUAGUUUUACCAGUGCUGAGUUUGUUGACCCUGUUGAGGCAUUUGAAUAGUUUGGCUUUAACCAGCAUACUUGCUCAAUUUUCAAUUGUUUGUGCUCUCAGUGUUGUCCUCUGGUUUGACUUUCAACAUUUUCAUUCUGUAAGGAUACAUCCUAGAGAAAUCUCAUUUGAGAACCUUCCAUUCUUCUUUGUCAUAGCAGUCUAUUGUUUUGAGGGAGCUGGUUUGAUUUUAUCCCUAGAAGGGUCCCUGGCUAAAGACAUCAGACACAAGUUCUCCAAAUACUUUAUCCUGACAAUGGUAUUUGUUACAUUGUUGUACAUCUCUUUUGGAGUUUGUGGCUAUAUGUCUUUCGGUCCAGAUACCAGCCAGAUUAUUACACUGAAUCUACCAAAAAGUUCCGGUUUUGGUUUCAGUUUGGUUGUGAAAUCCUGUUUGUGCCUGGCUCUGUUCUUCACAUACCCAGUAAUGAUGUUUCCUGUGAUGAAGAUACUAGAGCACUACUUCAUUCCUGAUGCUGGCAACACUGCGUGGAAAGGGAACAUUCUCAGAGGUUUGGUUGUACUGCUGACUGGCAUGAUCGUCAUCCUUGUUCCGAAUUUUGCUGAUCUCAUGGCCUUGGUUGGGGCUUGUUGCUGCACACUAUUGUCGUUUAUCUUGCCAGGUUUUUUUCAUAUGCGCCUAUUUAAGGGGAACAUGCAUCUCAAACAGCUGAUGUUUGACUGGUUGCUGAUCACAGUUGGAGUUCUGGGAACAUUCUUUGGUGUGUGGAAUUCAGUGGUUCACAUGAGUGGCCCAAAUAUGGUCAACAAACUGUACACUGAAACAUCCACAACUGCAGCAUAUAGUCUUAUGUCUACCACCCUCAGUGUAACAGAGUUAGCCACCCAGAACAGCACUGAAACCCUCACCAAAACCAUGGUAGCACCAUAUAUCCUCAAUGUAACAGACUCGGCCAGGCAGAAAGUCACUGGAACACUCACUGGAAGUAUGGUAACACCAUAUAUAUCUGUCAUCAACUCGGCUACAGAAAAGGCUGCAGCAGCAUUGAUAAACAUGACACGUUUGAAUGGGUUACUGGGAAAGUGGAACCAUACCAGUUGA